AUGUUCAAUCGAAACAACCUUCCUUCUGUCCCAAAUCCCUUUGGGGGCAGAUCAGAUGGCGGAACUCCUUCGCCACACGGACACUCGAAUCCCAACCAAGCACCGCCACGGUAUGAUUACGGCCGCGGCCUUCCCCCCAGAGACAGCGCAGGGCAUGCCCGCGACUACGAUGUGCCCAUGACUGAUGCGUAUAAUGAUCCAAGGGGAUAUGGAGCUCCGCAGCCAUCGAUGGGGAGACCGCCGCAGCAGAUGCCCGCACGCCCGCACGCCGGAGGACGCCCAGGUGGCGGCGCAGCUGGAGGACCGACAUGGACGCUCCAUCCUAGCAAGAGUCCGAACGACAACUUCACAUUUGGCAACCUUGUCGCCGUAUCACCACAGGAUAUCCCACCUUCUCGAGACGGAGCCGAUGUUCUCCUCCUGAUAAAUGACCUCUACGUCUUCUCCAGCCGCCCGCUUGAGGGUUUUCCCCCUGGAUAUAUCAGCAUGUCGGAUCCUCAGCGCACAUGGGCGAGCGUUGGAAUGCGAGACGCCGUCAAAGUACAGCUAUAUGACCCAUUCAGCCAAGGAGGCCAAGCUUAUUUGGGAUCCGCGGACAUUGAAGUCAGCUUUGCAUCCACAAAGAAACGAACGGAAGCGCCGUAUGAUCAGGAAGAUUUGACAAAUGCCGUGAUUAGAAACUUCGAAAAUCAAUUAUUUGCCCCAGGCCAACGAAUUCUGAUGGACCACAGGAGCAUUCCGCUUUUAUUGCAGGUCAAGACUGUUCAGCGCGUUGACCUGACAGCUGAGAAGGCAGAUCUCAGCUCCGGGGAUAUUGAGACCCACCCCACGGCUCGAGGAAUCAUCACCCGGCAUACCCAGCUUAACUUCUUCAAGGAUUCUCAAAGUGGAAUCAAUGUGAAGCCAUCAAACCGUCGUCCCGCUGCGAACUCGAUCAUUCAGCCGGGCUUCAAGUUUGAGGACAUGGGUAUUGGUGGCCUGGACUCUGAAUUUAGCACCAUCUUCCGUCGUGCUUUUGCUUCCCGUAUCUUCCCUCCCGGUCUGGUAGAGAAGUUGGGUAUCCAGCACGUUAAGGGUCUUUUGCUCUUUGGACCUCCCGGUACUGGUAAAACCUUGAUUGCCCGCCAGAUCGGAAAGAUGCUCAACGCUAGGGAACCGAAGAUUAUCAAUGGCCCGGAAGUCUUGAAUAAGUACGUCGGUCAGUCAGAAGAAAACAUUCGAAAGAUGUUCGCCGAUGCCGAGAAAGAGUACAAGGAGAAGGGUGACGACAGUGGUCUACACAUUAUCAUCUUUGACGAACUGGAUGCUGUUUGCAAGCAGCGUGGCAGUGGGGCAGGUGGUGGUACUGGCGUUGGCGACAGUGUUGUCAACCAGCUUCUAUCGAAGCUGGAUGGUGUUGAUCAGCUCAACAACAUCCUGUUGAUUGGUAUGACGAACCGUAUGGAUAUGAUUGAUGAGGCAUUGCUGCGUCCUGGCCGUCUCGAGGUGCACAUGGAAAUCUCGCUCCCUGAUGAGAAGGGUCGAAGCCAGAUUCUCAGGAUCCACACAGAGAAGAUGCGGACGAACGACGUGAUGGACACGGACGUCAACUUGGACGAGCUGGCCCACAUGACCAAGAACUUCUCCGGUGCCGAAAUCGCCGGUUUGGUCAAGUCAGCUUCCUCGUUUGCUUUUUCGCGUCAUGUCAAAGUUGGCACAAUGGCCAGCAUCAACGAUGAUGUGGUGAACAUGAAGGUCAACCGAGCUGACUUCCACCACGCUCUUGACGAAGUGAAGCCCGCCUUCGGUGUUUCAGAGGAGGAGCUUUCCAGCCGUAUUCAGUAUGGUGUAAUCCAUUACUCCGAGACUAUCAACGAUAUCUUGCGAGAGGGCGAACUCUUUGUGAAGCAGGUCGGCCAGGCAGAGGCCACCCCACUCUUCUCUGUCUUGCUUCACGGUCCCCCUGGAAGCGGCAAGACGGCUCUAGCAGCACGCAUGGCCAUCGACUCCGGCUUCCCAUUCAUCAAGUUGAUCAGCCCUGAGGAUAUGGUUGGUUUCAACGAGGCUGCUAAGGUUUCGCACAUUAGCCGUAUCUUCGACAGUGCUUAUAAGAGUCGGACCAGUAUUGUCGUUGUUGAUAACAUUGAGCGUAUCAUCGACUGGGUUCCUAUUGGCCCCCGCUUUAGCAACAGCGUGUUGCAAGCCCUCAUGGUCUUCCUCCGGAAGCCCCCUACCCAGGGCCGUCGUCUACUGAUCUUGGCCACAACAACCGAGCGUGCUUUGAUGAAGCAGUUGGAUAUCUACAACUCGUUCAACUCCGAUAUCAUGGUUCCCAACGUCCGAUCAUUUGGCGAGCUGCGGUUUGUCAUGGAAAAGUCUGGCGCAUUUGAUGCACAAGAGAUUGCGCGGGCCCUCGAGGGAGUUGGCGGUUUGGCGGAUGAUGGCCGGCUCAGCGUGGGUAUCAAGAAGGUUCUCCUUGGUAUCGAGACUGCCAAGCAAGACGUGGACAAGGUGGGUCGUUUUGUCCGCGUCAUUAACCGGGCCAUUGAGGAGGAGCAAACUUUUGCUUAA